GAGUUGCCGGGUGCGGGGCGGCUUCGGCCGCGGGGCAGAGAAGGGAGAAGCUGUCGGAAGCGGCUGGCGAUGAGGAGUCGCGCUGCCGCUCGUAUUGUCUGACAGGGGUGGCGGUGCCUGUUGCUGUUCUGGCCGCCCGUCCUCCCCUUUCGCUGCCCCCGUGGUCGUGACUUGGAGUUGGAGUCCAGGAUGAGUUAUGCAGAAAAACCUGAUGAAAUCACAAAAGAUGAAUGGAUGGAAAAGCUUAAUAACUUACAUAUCCAGAGAGCAGACAUGAACCGCCUUAUCAUGAACUACCUUGUCACAGAGGGCUUUAAAGAAGCAGCAGAGAAAUUUCGGAUGGAGUCUGGAAUUGAACCCAGCGUGGAUUUAGAGACUCUGGAUGAAAGAAUAAAAAUCCGUGAGAUGAUCUUGAAAGGGCAGAUCCAGGAAGCCAUUGCAUUGAUAAACAGCCUCCAUCCAGAGCUGCUGGAUACCAACAGAUAUCUCUACUUCCAUUUGCAGCAACAGCACUUGAUUGAACUGAUUCGGCAGCGUGAGACAGAGGCAGCUCUGGAAUUUGCUCAGACCCAAUUAGCAGAACAAGGGGAGGAGAGCAGGGAAUGCCUGACAGAAAUGGAGCGCACGCUGGCUCUGCUUGCCUUUGAUAAUCCCGAAGAAUCACCAUUUGGAGACUUGCUGAACAUGAUGCAGCGACAGAAGGUAUGGAGUGAGGUUAAUCAAGCUGUUCUAGACUAUGAAAAUCGUGAAUCAACACCCAAGUUGGCAAAAUUACUGAAACUACUACUGUGGGCUCAGAAUGAGCUGGACCAGAAGAAAGUGAAAUACCCCAAAAUGACAGACCUCAGCAAGGGGACGAUUGAAGAGCCCAAGUAAAAUGUGUGCAGAUGGACAUCAAAAAAUCUUAGUACUGCACAGUAUACAUUUAUAUCAGUCUGUGACUGAAAUAUUUUUACUACAGUACAGCACUCAAUUCAGAUUUUUCAAUGAACAUCUAAUUUGAAGGGAGAAAAGUCCCUUUUAAAUGCUGCAAAAACUGCAUUGAAAGGCGCUGUAUCUCUUUGGAAGUCUGACUUAGGCUAUGCACUAUAAUACAUUUUUAAAAAAACAAUUAAACAGGACAGGAAAAAUAGCAUUUUUAAAAGUACAGAACUCAAGCUUUCUAAUUGGCUGCUGAUGUCUAGUUUAGUGGCCAGUGAGUUAAUAUGGAGUUAUAUUGGCAACUGUUCAGUUUAACUGUCUCCUGUUUGAAAUGUGUAUAUAGAACAGUGAAUAUUUUCUACCUUUAAGUUAUAGCCAGAUAUACAUUCCCCUUAAAAGUAACUGGUCAAGUUUUCAUCUAUAAACUUUGCAGUAAGGUCAACUUUUUGCUUAGGAAAUAGUGUACAAACUUGUAAAUCAUAAUUUAAGGACUUUUGGUUUGGUUUGUUUUUUUUCUCCUUGUUUCUGACUUCUUGGUGCUUUAUAUGGUGAGAGCUAUGUUCAUAAUGGAUCAGUGACCCAUCUUUUCAGGAGGAGUAUUGAUGGAAAUAGGUUUUUUCCUAAUAUUCACAAAUGACCAAAACGGCCCCAGAGGCAUUUGAAAGGUUUUUUUUAACAGGGGCCUUUUCCCCCUCUAUGUUAAAUUUGCAGCGAUUCCAGUUGGCUGCUACAGCUUUGAAGGCCACUGGAUGUCUGGAAGCUGAAAGAUUUGUGUUAGGAAAUCAAGUGGUGGGGAGAGAUGCUUGUUGAAGCCUCUGAUGCAUCAUCUUGUGCAGGAUCUGCCUUCAUGCUUGCUGAAUAAGAAUUGUAGUUUUAGAGCUACUUGGGCUGUUUUUAUGCCUUGAGCUAAGCAAAGCAGGGCUGUCUAAAACCAGAAAUUUGCAUUUUGUCACUUCUUCCAUACCUUUCUGAAGAGAUGCAGUUCAUCCUCAUCUGUAUUUGUUUACUGACUGUCCUCACUCCAGUUAGAACUAUAGUUGUAAUGUGAAGUCCAGACUUUCAAGUCAACAAAUUGUAAUCUUCUGGGUAUGGGAUGUUCUGAUCUUGCCAAAUCUAUCUCUAGAUUUUUAGGUCUAUAGAUCAAGUUUUGCCAAGCACAGAGCAAGCUGAUGAGUGAAACAGUUUAACAUCAUGAGACACUGGCAGUUGUCACACCAGUCCCAUACUGUACAUAAUCUAGUCUUGUAUGGUAGGUAUUACCCUGUAGAAUGAAACUUAGUUUUCACUUAAUUUUACUGGAAUACUUAAUGCAUUAAACUGUAUAAAGCUUUGCAGAUACACCUGGCUUAGGGGAACUAACAAAACCUGUUACUGAUUGCAUUACUGUGAACACUGUUUCCUUGUGUAGCUAUUUUUGGGGGGGAAGCCAUUGUUUGUUAAGCAGCUGUGAGAGAUGCAGAGCACCAUGGUUAAGCGAGAUGAUGGAUGUAACAAAAUCAUUUGUUCCCAUUUCUUACUGAUUGUUCUGUUCUCCAGUUUGAGGCAUUUGGGGUAGGGAGGUCUUCAAGUUUAUAUAUAACAAACAUGCUAUCAGUAGCCCCCCAGCUACAGCAGCAGUCUGGCUUUCCUUCACCCAGGCUGGUUAUUCUAACACCAAACUUUUAACAGUUGUGGGUUUGGUUGUUUUGGGGUUUUUUUUAAAUUUUUUUUCUUUUUGAAGUCGGUUAAUGUCUGAAAACCAUGUAUAACUUUUAGUUUGUGAGAAACUGUAUGGUUAAUGUAACUUUGUUUAAUAACAAACUGCAGAAACAAAACUGGAAUAGCUCUAAUUUCUUCAUGUAGAACUGAUCAGCUUUUCCUCUCUAUUCUGACACUUGUGUUGUUGAAUCUCCUGUAAAGCUUCUCCGGGGUGAAGUGGAAAGUGGUGCGGUUUUGUGGCAUGAUGAGCAUUUUUCUCCAUGAGAAAUGCAGUAUUACAGCCCUGGGUGAGAAGUUCACUGUCCUUCUAGAACGCUACCUUAAUUCCAUAGAGUAUUUGGGCAAUGAUUGAGCAUAGAUUACUUGAAUUUCCACUAGCUUGGUUUUUUUUUUUUUUUCCCAUUAAAAAAUAAACACGUUUUUAAGGGGUUUAAUAUAAAAUUAGUCUAGAACUACUUCACUUUGUUUUUAUGAACAUGCCACAUUGAUAAGCAGCUUUAAUCUGUAAAGUUUUUGGUAACUGCAAGAAGAUACUCGAAAGCUAUGCAUUUUAGAGAAAGCAUAAAGGUAGUGAUAUUGGUACUUCUAAGGAUCUUUAUAUUAGUGUAUAUAAAAUAGUUUGCAUAUACAAAUAUAAUAUAUAAUCUGUUUGAAAUAUUCUUGAAUGGUAGGGGCUGUGAAACAUAUUAUAAUUUAUGGAAAUAUUGUACACAGUAAACAGAUGUCUCAGUACACAAAUGAAUUUUUGUCAUAUGCAUGAGAAGUGUCUUAUUUGGUGACUACUAAUGAAUGGGCUUUUGUUAACCCAUUUUUGUUAGAUAACCACUUUAACAAAUACUAUUAAAUGCCACUUUGAUCAGUUUGCUUUAGUGUAAAAAUACAUAUUUUGUUCCAAUGAAUUUAGAAUAAUAUGAAAAUAACUUUUGUAAGAAGAUUUUUCCAAACCCAACGUUGGCAGACAGAUCUGGUCAUUAGAGGUGGUGCACUUAUCUUCCCCCAGCCUUGCCUUUGAUGAAAGCAAAUAAGAUUUUUUCAUUCAUGCUAUGGAUGUGGAGAAGCUGGAUUGUAAAAUAUCCUGUCUUAUACCUCUGCAGAAAGGCUGCAUAGCAAGUGUGUUUUGAUUAGGCUACAAAUCUCCCUCCUUUUCCCAAAGCCAUCACCUCCCUGUAACUGUCUUUGCUGUUCUCAUGUUUUGUUUCUGCCUGUCAAAUCUAAGCUGAGCUGUGGCUGCUUCUGUUGUACAAAGGAGGGAUUUUGGAAGGGUGGGGGUUCACAGACUUUCCUGAAGAUGAAGUUGUGGUGGUACUUUGAGAAAUACUUACUGAACUGUUGAAUUUUAUAUAGUUGGAAAAGCAGAGGUUGCUGCACCGAAACUUAACAGCAGAAUUUUGAGUAAAGCAUUUCCUCUCAAGACUUUUGAAGAGGCAAAUGUACACCUUUAAGCCAGAUGAAGUACCUGUCUCUAAGAUGAUUUCAUUGAAACACUUUCAGCUCUUCCUCCCACAUUAAAAGAAAAAUUGAAAAGAAUUCUGCCUCCUUUCCACUCCUUGUAAAUACAGGAAAAGCCACUACAUUAUUCCAGGGUGAUUUUAUUGUUUUUAAUUUGUAAUAUUUAUGCUUUGUAUGCUUGAGUAUAAGCUUAAAGGCAUUACUUAAAAAAAUCCUUGACUAGCUGAGUGUUGUUCGACUUAUUUCAAACCACCUUUUGUCCAAGUGGGUUGCAAAGCUCAUUAAAUGGAGUUGGAUCCCUG